CCCACGGUUUCUAUGUCUCCGCCUAAUCAACGGUCUCUAUCCCGGGUGUCGCUUGCGUCCUUGACUCCCAAUAAUCUGGGGACAGUGCGGAAGCUCAACUCUGUACUGUUUCCGAUCAAGUACAGCGAUAAGUUUUAUCAGGAUGUCCUGCUACCGGAAGCAGAGGAGUUCUGCAAACUCAUCUACUACAAUGACAUUCCCGUAGGUACGAUCUGCUGUAGGAUGGAGACGGUAGAAGGCAAGACGAGACUGUACUUGAUGACGAUGGGCGUACUGGCACCAUAUCGCUCCCGAGGCCUUGGGUCAUACGCACUGCAACAUGUCCUCAAAGCUGCCGCGGCCCAAACGAAGCCUAGGAUCGCAGACAUACACCUGCAUGUUCAGGUCUCCAAUCACGAGGCCAAAAACAUAUUCGAGGGCUACUACAAGAAAAUUGUGCCUCACGACGCCUGGGUGCUGGAGAGGGAGAUCGAGGCCCCGAGCGUAACUGUGUGA